CCACUAGAGGUGGAGAAACAUCGAUGAAAACAUCGAUGUUUUUUUUGCCACAAUCGAUGUUUUUGUCACAUAACAAAUUUUUGAGAAACGUGCGGAAGAUAUUCAACUGGUGGUGUAGGAGGAAAACGGCGGUGGAUAUAAACCAUGUAGAACUUCCUAAACCGAACAACUAAGGAAAACUGCGAAUCCUCGUCUCCGCCAUCGAAGAGAAAGCGUGGAUGUUCCAAUGUGUGGAACCAUUUUAAUAAAACUGCUGACACAAACAAAGCGAUAUGCAUGUAUUGCGAUAAAAUCUUAAGGACGGGUGGCAACAUAACAAAUUUGUUGGACCAUUUAAGAAGGAUCCACAAAAACAUUGGUGUAGUCCAAAAAGAUUCACAGCCGACGCGAUUGGAUACAUUUGUAGUGAAAGCGUCAGAAUACUGACCCAAAAAACGAACUCGUUUCCGUUGAAGCCACAAUCGCUUUUAACACUUUAAACGCCAACAUGAGAACUCGAUUCGGACAUUAUGAAACGCGAACAGUGCCCCGCAUUGCCAUAAUUAUUGAUCCUCGCUUCAAAAAAGACGGGUUUGAAUCACCCUACAAUGCUGAGCAAGCGGCUAAAGCUUUGGAGCGGGAACACCACAGUAUAAUCAAGAAAUCUCCAAUGGAAAAAUCCACACCGCCGAUGGAGCCUACACCACCAGUUGAACACGGCCCCUCCAAGGAAUUUUCAUUCCUUGAUUCUAAAUUAAAAGCGAAGAUAAAUUCACCGCGAGCCGACGCUGUGAUCCUACUAAGACAACAUCUCGAAACCCAAAACGAGCCUGAAACAUGCGACCCACUAAAAUAUUGGAAGACAAGAGCAGAUAUAUACGAAUCGCUGCAACAGGUUGCACUUAAAUACCUUUGUGUACCAGGAACAUCGUGUGAGUCCGAAAGGUGCUUCAGCAAAGCUGGACAGAAAGUGUCGGAUCGGCGCACAAGGCUCAAGCCUGGUGUAGUGGACAAUAUAAUGUUUAUUAACAAAAAUCAAGAUAUUUUUUCUUAAUUAAUCGUACCAAAAUGUGAAUAUGAUGAUCUCUUAGAAUUCGGA